ACGUUACCAUUUCUCUCUCUCUCUCUCUCUCUCUCUCUCUCUACACUCAGUGCUCUGUCACUUCUUCUUCUUCUUCUUCUUCUUCUUCUCCAUCAAAAUUCUUGCGCUUCUCUCGAAAUUCACGUCCUCGUUCUCUCUUUUUUGAAGCCAUGGAAGUUGCAAUGGAAGUUAUCUCAGAAUUAUGCACUCCGGUUGUUCCUAGUCAUGAUUCGAGGCCUCUGCCUUCAAUUGCCGGUUCAGAUAUGGCUUUGGGAGAAUCUUUUGAAUGUGAUGAUAAGAUGGGGAACGAAUUGUCCAGUGAAGCCGAAUUAGCAUCACCAGAUGGAGCGCAUACUCUUCCAAUCCUGCAAAAAGUAAUUGACUUGAGCAACAAAAUUAAGAAUUUGAAGAAUCAGCAUAUGCUCCUAACUGAACGAUUCAAGCUGGACUCUGAUGCUUUUCCAGGCCCUGAAGUUGUGAAAACUCUUCACCUUCUAGGUACAGAACAUGAACUUUUGAAGAAGAAAUACCUUGAAGAGUCCUCUGAGCGAAAGAGACUUUACAAUGAAGUGAUUGAACUGAAAGGGAAUAUUAGAGUUUUCUGCCGAUGUAGACCAUUAAAUGAAAGCGAAUUGGAAAGUGGAUCUACCUCUGUAAUUGAAUUUGAUUCGUCUCAGGAAAACGAGAUUCAAGUUCUUUCUUCUGAUUCUUCUAAAAAACAGUUUAAAUUUGAUCAUGUGUUCAAGAUUGAGGACGGCCAAGGAGCUGUCUUCAGUCAAGCUAAACCUGUCGUAGCUUCAGUGAUGGAUGGCUACAAUGUCUGCAUAUUUGCUUACGGACAAACUGGAACAGGGAAGACAUUUACUAUGGAGGGAACGCCGGAAAACAGAGGAGUCAACUACCGAACUCUAAAGGAGCUGUUUAAGAUUUCAGAAGAGAGAGAUGGUGUUAUGAAAUAUGAAUUGUAUGUCAGCAUGUUGGAGGUUUACAAUGAGAAAAUCAGGGAUCUCUUGGCAGACAACUCCAACCCAAAUCUGAAGAAGUGA